UUUACCAACCCACCUCCUGUCCUUAUAGGAGAAACUGCCUUUCUUUUUCCAACAAGCUUCUGGGAAGUUGAAAGAAGGUGGAAGACUGCUUACUAACUUAAUGAUAAACUAAUUAUUCCUAUAGAUAUCUACAGUCAAAUCAAAGAAUAUUUUAUAUCAAUCCAAUAAUCAAGAACAAUAAAUAAAGGGAAGAAGAAAUGAUGGAGUACCUUAUACCAUAUUAUCUUCAGAUUGUUGGAUCUAUGUCUGGACCAGACAGGAAACUAUGGAUUUUUCUGAAGAGCUUCCAAUUAAUUUAAGGAUAGCACAGAGAAGUGGGAGUUCUGUUUUGUUGAACGUGUUGGGAAAUGACAUUCCACCAGAAACACGUAUGCUUAUCAGUUAUAUAAUGGUGCAGUGAUCAUAUCUGACAGGACACAGAAGACAGAUUAGCAAAAUCUAUCUGGAACCAAAUCAGCUGAUAAUAAUUCAGCACACUGGGUUUUUGUUUAUUUUUGUUGCUCUUUUUUUAAGGAGUUAAGAUAGGACUUUAUCCAAGGAUUUUCUUAAAUGGCAUUUGGUGAUUUUAAAGGGUGCUAUAACUUGAUAUUAUCAAGUUCUGCUGGAACUAUCCAUUGAAGAGCAAGGUGACCAGCAUGGGACAUCACGAGUCUCAAUGUCUUGAUUGCUCUUAAGAUGAAGGUAUGGAAGAGGACAGCCCCUGCUUUGAUGCUCCUCUGUACUGUGUUGUCACUCAUGGUCUGUAUAGAAGUCGUCUUCAGGAGUUGGAAGCUGAACUCGCCUUCCUCACGUUCAGUAAUAAGCUCAACCAUGAAGGGGCAGAGGAGAUUCCCACGAGCUGUGGAGCGCAAGAAACCUAUGGUUUCUCAAUACAAUUCUCUCUUCGAAAGUUAUACACAGGGAGAGAUUCGGGAUCUUGUUUCAACUUUGGUCGAGAGGUACAGCCAGUCCGUCCACUCUGGAGACGAUCCAAAAAAUGGACCAAGAAUGAAGAGGGCACGCAUACGUCAACAACCCUGUACUUUGAAGGAGCUGGAGGUGAGCGUAAGCGAGCUAGGUCUUGGUUACAUAUCCGACGAGACCGUCCUGUUCAGAUAUUGCAGUGGUAUUUGCGAUUCUGCCGUCCGCAACUACGACCUUUCUUUGAAAAGUAUCAGAGGAAAGAAAAAAAUAAAGAAGGAGAAAGUUCGGGCACGACCUUGUUGCCGACCUCUAUCCUACGAUGAUGAUAUCUCCUUCCUAGAUUCUAAGAAUCAUUACCACACCAUCAAAGAAGUCUCUGCUAAGGAUUGUGGAUGUGUCUGAUAAUACAAUUGGAAGAAGCAGCAGUGAACAGCAUAUGUCUUUGGCUACCAAAGAUCUGUUGCUUUUUCUCAACUUCAGGAUGUGCAGUUUGAUCAAGUGUUUCCUAGUUCACAUUUUUUUUUUUUCAUUUCUACCUCACUUAAUUUUUUAAAUGGAAAAUAGACUCAUAGAGCAAACACUUAUAAUUCAAGCGAUGGAAGACACAAGAUCAUGAAAUAGCGUUGCACGAUCUGCAGAAUAGCUACAAAGGCAUAGAGUCAACUCUUCUACUCAUGAAGCAGAAUAAAAUGAGUGAAGAUAUAAAGAAUGUUAUGGCUCAAAGUGAUGUUUUUCAGGAAUAUAUUUUUUUAAUUUAAUGUUGGUUGAUUUCAUCUGGAUCUACAUUUAAGAUGGCUAAAAUGCAAAAAAAUUGGAAAUGUAAUGCAGUAUAAUGGCAGCCAAAAUUACCCUUCCAUCCACUAAACAUUCUCUGCAUUUGGCUAUUUGAUUCAUGAGAUCUAAUAUUAGAUCAUCUGUCUACUCAACUCUUAUGCAGGGUUUUAAAAUAUCAACCGGCUCUUUUACUUCCUAUCAAGACAGGAAGUGGGGCCCUACUCAGAGAGGCUUAAGAUGUCUGUAUAAUUGCCUGUGCCAAAGCCCAUGCUUCUCCAUCAUUAUGUGGAGUAAUAUUAACUCCUUAAAUACAGACAGAAUAUUAUGAGGUAUAUAAAAAUAAACCCCACAAAUUAUCAACAUUAUUUAAUGAUAUGCAUAUAUGUAUUGUCUGUAAAUCUUAAGGACUAUUAAGGGAUAUGGGAACAGACAACUCCAGCUAUUUUGUACUAAGUGAUCUCAUGCUUAAUAGAACGGUCCAAGUCUGUAAUGAAAUAUCACUGUGCUAUUGCAGUGUAAAGCAAUAUUUAGAGUGGCAAUAAAGUCCAAAAUGCUCUAUUAUGCAGCUUUAAACACUUGAAGGUAUUUAAUCCCUGAGCAAAGGCAGCUUUUGAAUAUAUUAGGUUUAUCAAUCUCAUAAAACAGUAUUUUGUGGACAACCAUUCACAGGCUGCAUAGCUGGCCUACUGAUUAGCGCUCAUGUCCUAAUACUCGAGGCAGCGUAACAUAGUGGCAGUUCAGCCUGUGAUUGGCUACACCUGCAACAUGAUUGAUUUACAAAAACUGUCUAUUCUCAGGGACAAAAUCUUGUUUUGCAGACUUCCUAUUAUUUGGUUUUCAUGAAAUUUUAAACUAUGCUGGGGGGUUUUAAAAUACAAGAUAUAGCAAAUGUACAAUUUCAAUGUCCCUUUAAGAAAGUACAUGCCUGUCUUUACCACAGUCCUGAUGAAAUUAUAACUGUUUAUUUACAUUCCACUAGAAAUGGAUAUUACAGUAUUGCAUUUUACAUUUUUCAGUUGGAAAAAAAAAUGGUUUCCUUUACAUUAUAUUAACAUUGACUAAAACAUUUCAUUUUGUGCUACAGCAACUUGGAUGUUGUGGUGAUACGCUUUAGUGGGAAAGAAAAAGUUCUUCAUAUGUUCCUUUUGAAUAGGGCACUUGCAAACACCUUAUGGAAUUGAUGAGAUUUUAAAAUUGAUGUACUUUGUAUAUGAAGGAUAUAUAUUUUGGUUUACAAAAAGGUAUCACCAAGUUCAUUUUCUUCAGGACCAAUAUGGCUGUGUAGGGGAGCAGUUAUCAUGAUCUGAUGACUUCUAGUCUGCAAUAAGGGGAUCAUCACCUUACAUUAGAGGGGAAAACCAACACUCUCCAAGCCUUAUCUAAUAUUCUACAGUCAAGAGUCAUUCUGGUAAUCUGCAGUAAGUAGACUAUCUGAGAAUGUCAUGAUAGUCUGCAGUUAGUUGGUCAACAUAUAUUUGGAGCAAAGUACUGUCAGAGCCUGUCCUUAUAACCAAAAUUAGGAAUUUCUCUUACAGAAGACAGGAAAACAGCUCUGUCUAUGCCUAUUCUGGUAACCUGCUAAAGUUUUACUUAUACAUUUAAAGGGAAACUGUACCUCAUUUUUUUCUACGUUCCAUCUGAGUAUUACAGUGCUUUUCUAUUUGAAAACGGUCUGCUCCAGUGUUAUAUAAACAGUUUCAGUGUGAGUUGUUCAUAUUAGCCACUGAGCAAUAGAUACAAAGGUAUGAUUUGCAUGAAACACAAUCAUUUCCUUAUAGGUUCAUUUACAACAGCUUUUACUUAAUUGUUGUUCCAUACAAAACAAUGUAACAUGUCUGCUCUUUCUAAUACAUGAUAAAUGUACUGUAAGGCCCCUUAUCAUAACAGCCUGUGCUUAUAUUAUGCAUAAGAAGGUCACCCUAAUAAUAUUCAGACAGCUGGUCGUCUUACUAUGAGGUUAGAUUGCCAUCUAGUGAUCUUUAACACAAACUGCACAAGAGAAAUGCUACCUUAGCUUGUUGAAUGUAAAGCACAUGAUUUGACAAUAUCAUACACAGAGAUGGGCAACUGACUUUUUAAAGAUCAGUUGGUUUAGGUGCAAGCACAUUUAGAUUUUUAUCUAGUAUAUUUUAAACCUGAUACCAUAUACAGCAGAAUUUUAAUAGCAAAAUGCAGAGAUGAAAAAUGAAGGAGUAUUUUGUGGUGGAAAUUCUUGAACACAGAUUCUAAGGACACAAUCAGGCAGCUUUCUACUUAUUAUCUGUUUAGGGCGACCCCCUGAAUACAAAAUAUCUGAACAAACUCAGGGGAUAUUGAGUUUCUGUAUACUGACAGGAUCUGCUCACAAUGUCAACAACAAAAGUUUGUCACAUAAUAUUUCAAUGUUGAUAUUGGCAUAAUUCCUCCCAGAGACAGCCAACUCCUAGGCUCUCUGUCUAGAAGGCAGCACCACUUUGUAUAACCUUGCCAUAUCCUCCAUCCUGGGUGCUGUCUCAUCUGUAGUCUCUUUAUUAAAUAUAAUGAAUACAUGUGCAAACCAUUUGGUGGGGCUCUUUGUAAGCAUGUGCCACCCAAAAGUUUUUUUUUUAUGGAAAAACAUUGGUUUACUGGGGGAUUAUAAUACCUGGACAUUAUGAGUUUGCAGGUUGUCAUGGUUGCACCAUGUCACAUGAUAAUGUUGCCAUUAUAAUCAGUGUCUAAAUGCCAUAAACCACGCCCAGAUUCCUAAUGGGCUGCCAAGUUGAGCUGCCCUUUGGGCAGGGCGAGAGGAGCAUCCACUCCACGCCCCACAGUUUGUGGAGCCCACACACUGUCAUCAGGGGUGAGGGUAUAAGAAGGUAAAAUGUACAUCAUGUAUUUAGUUUAUGAGGAAGUGUUUAUGCUAUGAGCAGGUAUAACACUGUUAUUAUGUAUACAUGGCAAACUGAAUGUUGGGACAGGGGUGUCCAUACAAGGGGCAAAACAUAGUGAGAGGGGAAUAUGGGGCCCCCAGAAAUGUGUUUUGCCCAGGGCCCCACAAAUGCUCUGCUGCCAAGCAUUCCACUAACUUACGUAGUGCGAGAUUAGAUUUUCAAACUGCUAAAGCUAUAAUAUAGGAUCACACAAUGGCUGCUAAUUAAUAUAACUGCCCCAGACAUGACUUAUUUUGCUCUAAUAGAGGGUGAUCUCCUGACUGCAGAUUAUCAGAACAGGCUGAAGGAGUGGUGGAUUUCUGUUUAAUUGAGGUUGAACUGAUUAAAGAGCAGAUUAAAUAUGCUCUUCCCUGUGCUAUUUUUUUUAACACCUUAAUACGUAUG